AUGGCCAACCCUGUUUCCAUCGGUGUCGUUGGUGUCGGCUACUGGGGCAAGAACUAUGUUCGCCUCACCGGACAGCAUGCCAAGACCAACCUGGUCGGCAUGUGCGACAUGCAUCCGCCGACCCUGGCCAAGGCUGUUGAGCGCUUCCCGGACGUCCCCGCGUUCUCGUCGGUCGAUGAGCUCCUCGCCGUCCCCGAGCUCGAGGCUGUCGUCAUUGUCGUCCCGGCCCGCUUCCACCAUGCCGUCGGCAUGCAGGUUCUCAACGCUGGCAAGCACGUCCUCAUGGAGAAGCCGCUCGCGGUCUCCGAGGAGGAGUGCAACGACAUGAUCGCCGCCGCCGAGGCCAACAAUGUCCGCCUCCUUGUGGGGCACACCUUCCUCUUCAACUCGUCGGUGACCAAGAUGAAGGAGCUCAUUGCUCGCGACGACUGCGGCGCGCUGCAGUACGUCUACGCCAAGCGGACGAACCUCGGCCCGAUCCGCCACGAUGUCUCGGCGCUGUGGGACCUUGCUACCCACGACGUCUCCAUGUUCCUCGACAUCCUCGGCCGCCAGGGCCUCGAGCCCGAGUGGGUCUCCUGCACCGGCUCGUCUAUCCUGCCGGGCUCAGACCUCGCCGACGUGGUCUUCCUCACCAUCGGCUUCAAGGGCUCCGCGCUUGUUGCUCACGUCCAUGCCUCGUGGAUGGACCCGAACAAGGAGCGCGAGGUUGUUGUCGUCGGCUCCAAGUCGCGCAUCGUCUUCCGCGACACCGCCACCCUCCACCCGAUCUCUGUCUACUUUAAGGGCGCGCACGAGCUCCAGGAAGACGGCAAGAACGCCACCGACAUGUCAUCGGUCGAGGAUUUCCUCGCCCUUGCCCCUGGUGAUGUCUACAUGCCCGAGUUUGAAAAGUCCGAGCCUCUCGGCAGCCAGAUGACCGAGUUCUGCACCGCCAUUCGCGACGUCCACUACGACAUGCGCUCUGAUGGCUCCUUUGGCCUUAAGGUCGUCCACAUCCUCAACUCGGCCGACAAGUCGAUGAAGCAGGAUGGCGUCCGCAUUGACCUCUAGCUUGUUCAUCGAAAACAUCUUUGCCC